AUGCUCUGCGAGCUCCGCCGCCUCGCGCUCGCGCCUCCCCGCGCCUCGUCUCCUCCCUCCUCACCUCGCUGGCCUUCGCUUCUGCCCCAAAGAAGCGGCUCACAUGGCGUCAAAAAAGCCAAACUGGACGAGCGUCGCCGCCAUCCGCCAGCGCCCCGUCAACCGCGGCGUCAAAACUCCCGUCGUCCAAAUUUUCUCAUCUCGCCGCCUUUGGACGACGGUAGAAACUGGCGGAUCUUAAGUGCUGGCAUCGUCGAGCGUCUGGCUAUCAUUCAGCCGGAUGUGGGCGACUGGGAGAUGGACUUUGAGGUCCCUGCAGCACGAAAAGGCGCUGCGGGAGGACCAGCGACUGGAGGACGGAUUCUGGUUCAUGGAGCCCGGGCGCGCCAUGUGACGCCCGAGGAAGUGCCGGGGCCGGACGAACAAGACGAUCCGGACGAGUUGGUGGGGGCGGGUUUCCACUUGGCGCCCCGGGAGUCCGGAGACGAGGACGAUGCGAUGAACAAUUCCGCAAGUCGCUGA